UAAACAGUCAAGAAGUUGCCUUGAUGAAAUGAGAGAAAUUUUCCGAUCAUUUUUUGAACAACGUAAUCAAUUUUCCAGUAUACAUAAUAAUACACGAAAUGAAGUUCAUGAUUUGUUUAUGAAGUUGAAAAGAACAUUAACUCAAUCAUUAUCAUCCAUAGCAUGGACCAGUGACGGUGAAAAACUCAGAGCCAUUUAUACGGUUGAUCGAAUUGAAUUUUGGUCAUAUAAAAUAGAUGAUUUUCACAAAAUAUCCAAUAACUACUUGCGGACAGUAGAUUCACAAAAACGUUUUUUAGACAACUACUACAUGAAUGUUUACCUUUCUCAAACGUUAAACUACUAUGUGUCAGUGGUUAGACUUUCAUUUAUAAGCAACAUGAUUAGAAGUGAUGGUGAGCAAUAUAUCAUUUAUCCUGGAGUGUAUUUGGCUGCUGCGUUAAUACAACCAUCCUUCUUAAGUGAAUACUAUUCAAUAACUGAAAAAUAUGGAAUUCUUAGUUGGAUUAUCGGUCGAACAAUAAUUUAUGAAGCUUUCCGUAAUCAAAUGUUGGAUGAAAGUUCUCAGUCUAAAUGUGAAUCAGAAGAUUUAUCAGCAAUUGAAAAUCAAUUGUGUUGUGUAUCAAGACAAAUUAACAAUCGAACAGUUGAAAAGAAAAAUUCAAAGCAACUGGUAUCUGAUAUUAUUGGUCUUACGUUAUCAUUUUCCAGAUACGGAGAUCACAUGACGGGACAUGAUAGUGAUUUGAAGAAAAAGAAGUCAUUUUUCAAAACAUUCGCUAAAGGGUUUUGCAAUGGCUUCCAUUCUGAUCUAAUUGGUUACGUGUUACAGUCGUUCGAAGAUAAAUUUAGUGUAAAUGAUAUUCUUAAACACAGUUAUGAAUUUUCCGAAACUUAUCAAUGUCCUCUCGGUUCCAAAAUGAAUCCUGUGGAUAAAUGUACAUUUUAAAUAAACGAAACGAUCAUCUAUGCCUGGGUAUAUGUUCUCUACUUUUUUCCAUUGUAACCUACGAAGU